AUGUGUGGGGGAUUCACAUGUUCCAAGAAUGCUCUUACAGCGCUCAACAUUAUGUAUAUUGUAAGUAGAGACUUCCCCAUCCGUGACUCGUCACACAUGUUACGAACUCCAGUGACGAGUAAUCGGAAGUGGCAGCAAAACAACGGGACACAGCUGGCUCGCAUUGUGUUUAAUGUUUGUUUCUAUUACAGGGAACAGAUUGUCUCCUUCAUUCUCAUUGGUGUGGCCGCAUAUGGCCGUGUGUCGAGCAUCGUGACAAACAUCACCAUAUUUGGUGCGGUGAUUGCCUGCGGCGUGUUCCUGCUGCUCCUCUCCCUUGUUGGUCUCAUCGGAGCAGUCAAGCACCACCAAGUGCUGCUCUUCUUUUACAUGGUGAUCCUGUUCCUGCUCUUCGUGGUACAAUUCAGUGUUGCUUGUGCCUGUCUGGCCAUGACGGAGGACCAGGAACGAGAGUUAGCCAGCCAGGGCUGGAAGAAGGCCUCACCUGCCGUCAGAGCCCAAGCAGAGCGCUUAUUCCGAUGCUGUGGCUUUGAACGCAAUGCCUCGGACCCCACAGCGGAGCUACAGUGUGAGCAUGUGCCGACGUGCUGCCCACCACAGGAGAUUCCCCCUAAUGGCACAUGUGAAUGCGAAGGAUGCUGGUCUGCUCUGCAUCAAGCUAUUCGCAAUGGGCUCAAGAUCACAGGUGGCAUAGGAAUGUUCUUCAGCUUCACGGAGUUGGUGGCUGUGUUUGUGGCUUACCGUUACCGGCUUCAAAAAGACCCUGAGGUGGAUCCUUACCUUCUGCUGGGUGGAGGAGCUCAUGUCACGUGACAAGCCACCCAUCUGUCUAUGUCUUCUCUGCAUAUUUUCUGACAUUCCCCGCACCCAACCACCUACACACACACAUGUGCACAUUGACACCAAAGCCUUUUCACAUUAUUGCUCUUGUAUGGUCUGUGGCUUGUCCUUUUGUUCCCUGUUGAUCUGUUUGUACAGAGUGCUAUUUCAAUUUUUUUUCUCCUCUCUCUCUGGACAUUACGAUGAUUGCUUUAUGGUAUAUCCUACUGGUCGUUUCAGAGCACCCUGGCAGGGCUGCAAAGGUCUUGUAAGAGAGCAACUAAGAUUUAUUGUGAGCAAAAGUGGAUGUUCUAUUGGAACACUAAUGCCAGAUUAUUGCUGCUAGACUGCUCAUUCUCAUAGUUCAUUUUUAACAUCUUCUAGUUUGUCAUCACAAUUUCACUGCAUGCCGAAUCUGAGCUCAUAAAUCCUAAUGCGUUUCUUAAGUGAGGGAAAUCUUGAUUUCGAUGUCAUGUGUGGUCAUCCCACAAGAACACGAGCAUGUUGCCAUCUGUGGUUCAGAAAACAGCACUUUGCACAUGAUGUUUCCACUGAAGGCGAACAAUCAAAGAAACUCCUGCCGCUGCAUUCACUCAGGUACGUAAGUUGAAGUUGCCAUUUCCAAAAAAAUGUGUUUUACAGACUGCCAUAAGAUGCAAGAUGGUUCACUUGGCAAGUUAGAGGUUCUUUAGUGGGAAAAUACACAAAUAUAAUGGCAAUGUUUUGUGCUAGAUGUGCAUUUCAGUUUUCUUUAAUGAGCCUACAGAUUUCACACUGGGGUAGCAAAUAGUGUGAGGCUAAUUUGGCAUGUUGUAACCUCGCAUACAAGAACUCCUAACUGCAAUUUGAAUGUUUUUCUUCAAGCAAAAUAGUUCAGUCUAUAAAAGAUUAAAGCGCUCGUUCACAACUUUCAUAGCACUGCCAAAGUGCUUUGAGAUGACCAUUCAAAUGUACCAUUAUAAUGGGCUUUCGAAGAGAAGUGAGGUAGAUCUGUAAAGGAACAUGGUAAAACAGAAAUUGAUUGAAUUUCCUUGCAAUGUUGCAAGAUUAGUGCCGACAUAGAGUCACAUUUUGUAAUGACUCUUUAUUGUCAGUCCAUUCCUCUUGUCUUUUUUUUUUUUUUUUUUUUUUGCUGGCUAGUGCGUUUCAUUGCAUGUCAUGUCUCACUGCUCUCAGCCACUCGGCACGAUUGUCAUUGGCACAAGCACAUAGUGACAUGCUGUCUUUGUCGAGAUUGGCUGCUGGGCAUGAGGGCUGAAAAGAACAGAAUACAUAGUUACAAAAUACAGCCCCUGCCGACUUGUAAGGACAUUCUGAUACCUUUGUUACAUGGAUGGCUCUUACUACCCCUGAGGUGACCAUACUUUUAGCCAGCCAUGAUAACUUCGUGGUACUGUGCUUGCCCACCUUAGUUGUGGUCUUGAUCAGCAGAAUAGAAUAUUGGAGGUGUACAGUGGAAUUUAAUUUCCAGCACCCUCGAAAAGUGGAUAUUACUGCAGCUUUAAAUAAUGUUUUCAUUAGAAUCGACAGUGGAACUAUGACGGAAACUGUAAGAAGGGGAACUGAGGGGCUCAAUUUUUCAUUAGACUCGAUCACAUGAAGUCUGUUGCCUUCAUGUGGUUGUGCUGAUGCAUGCAGGCUUUGCGAGUGCAACAGCAGCCAACUGUGGUUUGCAGUAACUGAAGUUAAGCCCAGUUACUUGUGGCUAAAGUAAACUUCACUUGCACUGCCCGUGUAACAGGGGUGUCAAAGGGCAGUUUUGGAGAUUUUAUAGAUGAGAGAGCAUUGCUAAGUUGGAUAAGCUGUCUCAAAAUGUGUGGUGUUCUUGCUCAAUUUCCUGACACUCGGCACACACCUUUACAUUCAGCUGCUGAUGCAUGGCAUACAUGCUUGGGAUUUCACCAACAUUGUUAGGUGUGGCAUUGUAGUACGUAUUGAGUGCAAAAAGGCUUGAAUAGUGGUGUUUCAGAGUGGUAUUGGUGAUGGUACGAUAGUGCUGGUGUCAAGGCUCAUGUAAUUGAAUAGGACAAUUUUAAGGAAAUUUCUAAAUUUCUUAAGCUGCAGAGUGUCGCAUGCUUUUAGUCAUCUGCUAGCUGCUGCAGGUUUAUGGGUGCAGAUAAAACAUGAAGAGGAAAUAAAUUUUGCCAUCUAAAGGAUGAGUUUUGUCAGUGUUUCGUUGAGAUUAAGUAGGCAAGGUGAUUGGCCUUGUGUCCAAACCUCUCACCUCAUAGAUGUUCCAUGUACCUAACCAAGUCUCUUUCUCAUCCAGCACACAUUCCAUGAAACAGCAAUUGCUCAUACAAUGAAUAUUUGGCUUAAGUACCAGCAUCCCGACCAUCUUCGUGACAUUUUUGACAGAGGCUCCACUGGUGCACAUAUUCUUGAGUUACAUGCAUGUAGAAAUUAGUACUUGCAGUUUUUGUAGUAAUGCUACAUACAGUAAAAGCUCGUUAAUUUGAAUUCCACAGGCAUGCUACGAAAAUUCGAAUUAUACAAAAUUAGAACUAAUGAAAGUCAGAAAAAAUCGCUUGGUUAAUUAAGGCGCAUAUAUAGUUCGACGUAGCAUCAGCGUGCACGUGCACACGCUAUGUUACGUUAGCGAGAACACAGUCUAUAGUUUGAAGCGCUGGCGAAACCAACGUAAGUGGACGAGGCCCGACGUGCCCAACGUUGAGAUGGCUCAUGCUCCAUCCACGCGUUUGUCGCGCUGACUGCGCCGACCCACAUUGCAUGGCGCAGAGAAAAAAGGUGCCUGCGCCGCUUCACCGACGGUCGCAGGCAGCCGUUCAAAGUGGCUCGCGGGUUGGGGAUCGUGCUGCGCAUGGUCCGAAAAAAACUGCUGACAGUGCGCGCGUCGAAGUCUAGAGGGAACGGCAUUUCGGCUGGCGAAGCGCGAUUGGCCAUACACGACGUGCGCCAAUGCGCGCCGCACGAACAAGAGCUGCGCUCCAAAAUGCACUCUCGAAACGCAUCGCAACCUGCUGCGAUAUUGGUCUCCAUUGUACUUUCGUAGGUGCACCAGCUGCACACUGCUGGGUUCCACUAUACGCAUAGGUGGCACACAAACACGUAUCCCAGCGAUCCUUUCCUUUGAGUAAUAGCCACGAAUCUCAAAGGCUAUGCUUUUGGUACUGCGAACGCCGAUAAACGUCACGGCCACCGUGUUAUAGUCAUUACCUGGUGCCGCUUCUCGGCAGAACACCUUGUUAAUAAAGAGCAUACCCUCCAAGAUGUGACAUGAAAAAAGAAAAAAAAAGACGCAGUUUCGCCCGCAAGGCGAAACAUCGAUUGUGAUAGCAAAUUAGCAGACAGCCAUAUGAAGUAAGGAUAGUACUUUUAUUGGCCGUAUCAACUUGUAAACAUUCGCUUGCUAACUAAAAUACUAAGCCUGAUGUCAGUGCGUACAGCGAACAUGAACACAUCACACACGAUUACUACAGACACUCGCUGUCAAAACACUGGCAUGAGGAAACGUAGCAACAGCAGCGAGCGAAGUGACAUUCGUGCUGUCUAUCGCUUCAACGCGAAUUGAGCGCUGAGAACACACUGCGCACACACAGCUACGAGCCGCCGACGCAGCUAGACCAUGCUAGACCGGCUUGACUCCGCUCCCAACACAGAUCGCUCUCAACAUACGGCUGCGCGACCGCGCGCAGCCACCACAUGCGCAUUUGCAGCCGGAGAGAACCCCCCCCUGACGCCUCCCUCACAACGUUGGGUGCCUCGCACGCCGCGAGAGAAGACGGUGAGCUUCCUCUUCGCAUUCGUCUCUUUCGCGCAGGCGAGAUUGAGCAUUGGCUCCCUCGGCUCCCCUCGCACACUUUUUUUACUCGCACAUACAGUGUAGGGCGCGCGGUGACGUCGACGGCAGAAAUGCGCUUGGAGUAUCCAUAUAAUUGCUCCUGCAAUUAUAAAAUACGUAAUAAAAUACGCAGUGCCGCGUUCGCGUUUUUGAAAGUCUUGAGAGAGGGAGAGAACCGACAUGCAACAGACGGCUGCAGAUGGAAAGAGCAAAGCUGCGCGGCGAUGAUCGUCGCCAAUGUGCUCCCGCACACUAGCAUUCUCCCCAUUCAUGAUGGCGCGGAGUUUGAAAUAUCGGUGGUGGUGUGGAUUUCAGUGUGAAUUAGCGGGAUGCAUUACAUAUUGCUUUCAAUACACUGUUGGAUGGACCGCGGCGGAUACUUGGAAUUAUCCAAAAUUUUUAAUUAACGAGCUUUUACUCUAUUGUGGCAACAUACAAUUGAAAAAACAGUUGGUGAGUGAGAAAGGACAGACAGAUAAGUGCACACCUUAUAAAAGGCCUCACUUGUGUUUCUUUCUUGUACAUUUAAUUUCUGUUGCUCUAUUGUGUUGUCUGGUUGCAUUAUUGCUUUUUGAGGCUGCUCAAGAAGCUUUAAGUGGGGCUUCUAGACCAUCUUUUAUCUUUAUUUCUUUUGGUGGUAUAGAGUCUAUGAGUGGCAACAUUUCUUGCCUUCGUCUGCAGAACUCUUGCCCUUUUGGAAUUAACGCUGCUGCACGUGGCUAAAACCCUCAUCACAUGCCCCUUUUCAAAGAGCGUUCAAAUAGAAGACAAAAUCUGGAAGCCCCAUUGGUUCCCUUCCAUGACCUUGUACAAAGGAGCCAAUAAGGUCGGCUGAUUUCAGUUGUCUUGGAAAGUACAUAACAGGACUAUAAGAACAAGCGAGGUAUCCUGGUGUGUGAAAAAAAAAAAAAAUUAAUGUUGCACAAGUUUUGUAUUGAGAAGCAAUGUAAAUGCAAGCACAUAGUAAUCGGCAUCCCAAUGUAAAGGAGUGCACUCAACGAAUUAACUGUGUCUAGGUUUGGCAUUUUCAGCUGGGCAUUGAAGAGUCGUAGUCAGGUUGUGUCCAAAUAUGUAACAGCAUGCAGUCUGACAUAGUGUAAACACUGUAGUGUUUAUUGAUUAAUGUGUACUUUUGCACAUGACCGUAUUAGUGCAAUAUCUUGUAGCAUGCAAUCAUGUGCCAGUUGUACAUGCUUGUAUCACUCCUUGGCAAAUGACUGUAAUGUGCUAGAAUGGCUUACAAACACUGCACAAGAUUUUAAGGGCAUUGAAUAUCGGUAGCCAGUUUGCCCAAUGAGCAGACUUAAUUUCCUGUGGUCAAAUUCAAGAAAUCUCCAUAUAUAACUAGGGCAGACUCGGUGCAACGAGAUGAGAAUGGCAGCAGUGCUUUUUUUGUGGCAUUAAAUAUUUUAACUAGAAUAUGCUGCAAGCAUUAUGGUUGUGGAAGCUUUAGAAAAAACAUUUUAGUAACUGGAGACUCUCUAGCAACACAUGGCAGGCACAUACAGAAGGCCCACUUGUUUUGUCACGUGUUGCAGUUGUUGUAAAGCAUUUACCAAAAAUUGGAUUUAAGGCAUGUGCCAUUAAUGAGCACUGCUGCCGUUUUAUCUCUGUGUAAGCCCACCUGAGAAAAUGCAUGUUUCGACUUGUAGUGUUUCAUUUUCAUGGACUCUUUCUCCCUGCUGAGCGUGCAUUUCAGUUUUUAAUCACAGACUGCUUUGUGUUCUUGUAUUCUUUUAUUAUCUUGCUUUCAAGUGGUUGCCAAGGUAAUGAUAUAUAGCAUCUCCCUUAUGGCUAUGCCUUGAGCAUUCCUUGUAAAGUGUAGUUUUUCACCCUGAAUUUUCAACAACCAAGAAGGUUUAGUGUACUUCAUGUUUACCUCCCUAUGUCAUUCUUAUGUUGCUGCUGUAUUAAAGUCUGCUUCAACUUUUAUUUUGUACACAUCAGCCAAACUUGGUGGUUUCUUCUUUUUUGCAUUUACUUGCCCGCAAUUUUUAGAGUGGAGUUAAAGUGGGGGGGGGGGGGGGGGUAUGUACAUUGUAAAGCUAAAAGUGGAAAUAUGAUAUUUAGGAAAUAAAUUUUUUUGCAGAUUUGUUUUCUUGUUUUUUAAUAAAUAUGUUUCAGUGCAUUCA